GCCCGGCCCGCCCGCGGGUCCCGCCUUCUCCGCUCAGGGCCUCUCCUUCCUGCCCCGCUGUCCUCCCUGGCCAGUCCCCUGCCUCCGGGCCAAGGCCACCUUGUCCGCUGAGCAGGCACGGCAGCUGGGAGCAGCAGACCCCCUCCCCCAAGCCACACCAUGACCAUGCCUGUAGAAAAGCUUCCAGAGGAAGUAUUGGCACUCAUCUUCCGUGACCUGCCUCUCAGGGACCGUGCCGUAGCUGCCAGAGUCUGCAAGGCCUGGGCUGCUGCCGCCUCCAGCAGUGCUGUGUGGCAUGAUACAAGCGUCAGUUGUGACUGUGAGCUGGAAGACUUGCUGCCACCAUAUCUGUCCAUCUGCCUGGACCACGUUCACAACCUAAGGCUGGAAUAUGAGCCAUCAAAGGAGCCCAGCCGCCGAGCGGCCACUGAUCUGCUGACUGCUCUGGCCGGCCGAAGCCCUGGGCUUCGAGGCCUGCGCUUGGAAUGCCGCGGAGAGAAGCCACUUUUUGACGCGGGCCACGACAUCCUGGGCGCUGUGCGCGCCGUCUGCGGAGGCGCUCACCAACUGCGCCACCUCGACCUGCGCCGCUUGCCCUACACCCUGGACGACACUCUGGUGCUCAGGGCGGCACGGGACUGCCCCGAGCUCCGCAGUCUGUUUCUGGACAACCACGCACUUGUGGACAGCGUGCGGCCCAGCUCUGUGCUCGAGCUAUUAGAGGCCUGCCCGCACCUGUGCGCCCUUGGACUGCACCUUGCCAGUCUGUCGUGCCCUGCGCUGGAAUUGCUAGCCGCUCCACACCGCGCCCCCUUGGCGCUCCUGGCCCUGCGGUGCGCGAGCCCCGAAGAUGCUCGCGCGCCCCCCCUGCCUGAUGAAGCCUGGGCAGCAUUGAGUUGCCGCCACCCUGGGCUGGAGGUGGAGCUGGAGCUGGAGCCGGUGCUUCCAAACGAGGCCGUGACGCGCAUCCUGCAACCGGCAGUACCGGUGGCUGUGCUGCGUCUCAACCUCUCGGGUGAUACUGUGGGGCCCGUGCGCUUCGCGGCUCGCCACUACGCCAAAACUUUGCGCGUCCUCGAGGUGCGCGCGUCCGCCUCCACCGAGCUGCACGCCGCGCUGGAGGAGCUGGCGGCGCGCUGCGCGGGCUUGAGGGAGAUACACUGCUUCUGCGUGGUGAGACCCUCGGUCCUGGACGCCUUCCGCGAGCACUGUCCGCGCCUGCGCAGCUAUACGCUCAAACUAAAGCGUGAGCCGCAUCCCUGGCAGCCCACGUUGGUGCGGUGAUUGGGCAAUCUCCCCACUCCAGGACCGCGCCGACCCGGAGCCUGGGAAAGGACUGAGCAAGUUGCACAGGAGAGCCCCGACUGCUAGCCCCUUCCUCAGGGACUCGGUUGACGACGGGGCUUCUCCGGGAUUGGGGCAUCCACACCAGUCCCAGGCGCCAUAAGUUCACAGGGUCCUCUCAACCUCUGUGUCUCUGUCCGUUCUGGGUUCUCCCUCUCCCCUCUGCACUCUGCGCUAGCUCCGAGGCCCAGAGCUGGGGGGGAGGGCAGGCGCAAGUAGCAGCCAAGAGUCAAGGGUGAGUGUGAAGUAAAUAAAUCCUUCAGUAUUUCUGC